AUGGCACCUUCUUCUUCCUCACUGCCCCCGCGCCAGCGGGAAGCUGGCUGGCUCAUCAUCAAUGAUCCGGCAUAUCUUGAAAUGGAGCCCUUUGACGUCUGGACUGUGCGACUCUUUGCUUCUACUCCGAUGUCGAGCUGGGUCAGGCUUGAUGCCAGCCUCGAAGGGAAUGACAAUAUUUUACCCACUUUAAGGAGCACCCGAGGCCAUCACAGCCAAGGGCUACUAACCUCUGAGCAUCGCCUUUGA